UCAGUCAGUCAGUCAGUCAGUCAGUCAGUCAGUCAGUCAGUCAGUCAGUCAGUGUGAAAUAUGCAGCUGUAUUGUUGGGGAGACAGCUCCAGUGGACAGUUCGGUCCCCGGGGGGGCCUCAGACCGGUGUCCUGGACUGUCCCCGGGACCAUCACCAGUAUCUGCUGCGGAGACAGUCACACCGUAUUCCUCAACGCAGAUGGAGACGUCUUGUCAUGCGGACUAAACUCGCAGGGACAGCUGGGAAGGAGCAGAAAUACAGAUGGAAAGAAACUGAGUCGCGUGGAAGGCCUGGGUAAUGUGGUGGCCAUCGCCUGUGGUCAGAACCACAGUCUGGCUGUGGGUGGAUCUGGACACGUGUUCUCCUGGGGGGCAGGGGUGGAUGGACAGCGAGGACUGCCGCCUAAUGAACUUGCAGCCAUCGGUAACAGACCAAGCCAGGUGCCUAUACCGCUCGCCAUGCCGAUUAUUCAGGUUGCCUGUGGAAACUCGCACUCCCUGGCAUUGACCAACGGAGGAGACGUCUUUUCAUGGGGUUUGAACAGUCACGGUCAGCUGGGCCAGGGGAAGGAAGUGGCGCUGCAGUACGUACCUGACCUGGUGGGAGCUCUGAGCGGCGUCGCCGUGACCCAGAUUGCGGCCGGAGGGACCCACUCCCUGUUCCUCACGCUGCCGGGCCUGGUGUACUGCUGCGGUGCCAAUAAGUCCGGCCAGCUGGGCCUCAACAGGGUGGAUGAUAAAGGCAGGUUCAAUGUCUGCAUGGUGCCUGCUCUCAGACCUCUGGGUGUCUCCUUCAUCAGCUGUGGAGAGUCGCACUCUGCCGUGUUGACAAAGGACGGCGAAGUCUUCACAUUUGGAGAGGGUUUCUAUGGUCAGCUGGGUCACAGCUCCUCUGCAGAUGAAGUGAGUCCCAGACUGGUGGAAGGUCUGGAUGGACCUGCCUGCCAGGUUGCAUGUGGAAGGCAUCACACUCUGGUUUUGGGUUCCUCUGGCCAGCUGUGGGCUUUUGGCAAUGGGUCGAAAGGUCAAACUGGAAGUGGAACGACGGAUUGCAGUCUGAGUCCGGCUCUGGUCCAGCUUCCCUGGACCACUGACAGCUCGGCAGCCGUACCCAGCGACUUGAAAAUAUCAGCUGGAUGGAACACAAACUUCACCUACUCUUCACCUGCACAGAGAGUACACCAUGGACAGAUCAUUGGUCGACUCGAUGAGGCCAAAUUGCAGAAGUGGCUGUCACAGAGACAUGGCAGCACUGAAGCAAAGAAAGAAAUCGCAAAAAUGUUCUUGACAAGUUCAAGUCUCGUUGCAAGUUUCACAAAAGCUGAUGGGUUUCUACUGAAAGCCGACGCCUUGACUGUGGACCUUGAGGCUGCCAGUCGCACCUUCGACCAGAUGCUGAAAAUACCGUGGAUCAAACAAUCAGUGAACAUGAAGGUCCUGAUUAACUUGCUGGUGGCGUCACGAACUCUCCUGAAGUGUCCAGAGAUCCUGCUGGUCCUGCUGAGCUGCCCCCUCCUGCUGGAGGACUCCAAUGUCAUGAACAUGGCUUUACCUGUGGCGGUCGUUAUCGAUCAUCUCAAUGAGAAAACUGUCUCCAGCCUAAGAAGUUGGUGGUCUUCGCUGCCUGUUUCCCUGCUGAUCAGGCACAUCAUGGUCUUCAAGCAGGCGCUGGCCUUCAUGCUGGCGAACGGCCUCCUGGCUACCCACAACGGCUUAGUCAGAUGCCUGCUGAAUGCCCUCAAGCUCCUCUACAAAGCAAACAAAGUUGGAAGGUCCUACAAAGUCCCACUGAGCACCUUUUAUGUGGAGGAAAUAGAAACAACUCUGGAACCAUUUCAGGACUUCAAUCUGUGGCUGCUGUAUGCUGCAGAGGAGGAUCAAGAACAGACUCCUGCCAUCUUCUGUCGCUACCCCUUCCUCUUCACUCUGGUAGCCAAGGUGGCGAUGUUCAACAUCAGUGCGCGUGUUACGAAGGUCGCGCAUCGUUUCGUUCAUCAGAUGGCUUUGGAUCAGCCUGAAAUUGCGCUGACGAGCCCAACAGACUCGGCCCCGCCGCCGGUCUUCCAGCUGACUCUGAGACGAACUCACCUGGUGGAGGACACCUUCCGACAGCUGGACGCAGCCGAGCACUGCGCCUACCGGAGGGAGCUUCUGGUGCAGUUUAAAGAUGACAGGAAGUUGAUGAACGUGAACAAAAAGGACCUUUUCCUUCACAUUUUUGAUGAGCUGAUAGCGCCUGAGUCUGAGAUGUUCAUGCACAACGAAAGCAAGACUCUGGUUUGGUUCCCUCCCAGGCCGAAAGUGGAGGAGAAGCGCUACUUUCUGUUUGGGAUCUUGUGCGGUCUGGCUCUUUAUAACCACACCAUCAUCCACCUGCCCUUCCCCCGGGCUCUCUUCAAAAAGCUGCUCCGCGUGCGGCCGACGCUGGACGACUUGAAGGAGUUCCAACCUGUGGUGGCAGAGUCUUGCAGGUACAUUCUGGAGGAAUGCUCUCCUCAUGAAGUGCAAACUCUGGAGACUACUUUCACCGUGUCCUGGGGUGGUGAGGAAGUAGAGCUGGACCCCCAACAACCGAGGAAACUGGUCACAGGGUCCAACAGGAAAGAAUUUGUUGCCGCCUAUGUCGACUAUGCCUUCAACAAGUCGGUGGAGGGAGUGUUCGAGGCGUUCAAGCGAGGGUUUUUUAAAGUGUGCGACAUCAGAGUGGUGGAGUUCUUCCAGCCGGAGGAGCUGCAGUCGGUGAUGGUGGGCUACAAAGACGCCGACUGGGAGGUGCUGAAGCAGAACACUGUUUAUGAAGGCGAAUACCACGCAGCGCAUCCCAACAUCCUCAUCUUCUGGGAGGUGUUUGACGGCCUGACUGAGGACGAGAAGAAGAAAUUCCUCUUGUUCCUGACCGGCUGCGACCGCGUGCCUUUCCUGGGGAUGGAGUGCAUCAAGAUGAAAGUGGCCGUCCUGCCCAACGCCACCGAGCUGCACCUGCCGGAGUCGCUCACCUGCCACUGCCUGCUGCUGCUGCCCAUGUACGGCAGGUACCCGGUGGACAGAACCAUGAGGAGCAGACUUCUGGAGGCUAUUAAUCACAACAGAGGCUUCUGGAAGUGAAGGCACUCUGCCGGUUUUCAACCUGCAACCUGUCCAGAGUUCUUUUUCUUUUUAAAAAUGCAUACGCCACAUUAUCGUAACGUCAUAACACCUGAAAGCAUUCUACACAAGUAAACCGUGUCUUAUGACAGUUUUACAAACUAACACUGUGUGCAACUAUUUGUAUUCAUUUUCAUAUCAUGCAUGCUUUUUAACUUAAACUUAUAGAAUCACUUCUGAAUACUAGAUGCUAUAGAUUUGCAACCUUAUUUCCUUUUUGACAUCAAGAGUGUAAUCAAGAUAACAGUCACUUUUCUCAUUUACAUUUCACCAAGAAAAAAAUAAAUCAUCAUCUCCAUA